CGUAUUCACACCGGCGAGAAACCGUUCGAAUGCGAGCAGUGUGGUCGAGCGUUCAGGCAGCCGGGGAAUCUAACGCGUCAUCGAUUGACGCAUACUACAGUAAGAAAGCGUUGUACGGUGAAAUCUCUUUCAAGAAGCAGUGGCAAUCAAAUUUUUCGGUAAAGCCGUAUGCGUGUGACGACUGUGGAAAGGCGUUCAAUCGCGCCUCCAACCUCUACACUCAUAUGCGAAUCCACUCUACGCUUCGAACCUAUGGAAACAGCUCAUAUCAUAAGCGGCUAAUGGAAAAAGACAUGAAGCAAACGGCGUACACAGGUACCACGUAAUU